AUUUCCUCAUCGUGAAGCUUUCUUCCUCGUGGGGCUAGAAAUCUCUUUCUAGCUCCAGAUUGUGAAGACUUCCUGAGUAAGCAGCGUGUCUCCAUCCCCCUCUCUAGGGGCUCUUGGGUAGAUCUUGCACUCUAGAAGGAACAAUGGACCUCUGGCUUUGGUCACUUUACUUCCUGCCAGUAUCAGGGGCCCUGAGGAUCCUCCCAGAAGUAAAGGUAGAGGGAGAGCUGGGCGGAUCAGUUACCAUCAAGUGCCCACUUCCUGAAAUGCAUGUGAGGGUGUAUCUGUGCCGGGAGAUGGUUGGAUCUGGAACAUGUGGUACUGUGGUAUCUACCACCAACUUCAUCAAGGUGGAAUACAAGGGCCGAGUCACUCUGAAGCAAUACCCACACAAGAAUCUGUUCCUAGUGGAGGUAACACAGCUGACCAAAAGUGACAGCGGAGUCUACGCCUGUGGAGCGGGCAGGAACACAGACCGGGGGAAGACCCAGAAAGUCACCCUGAAUGUCCACAGUGAAUACGAGCCAUCAUGGGAAGAGCAGCCAAUGCCUGAGACUCCAAAAUGGUUUCAUCUGCCCUAUUUGUUCCAGAUGCCUCCAUAUGCCAGUUCUUCCAAAGUCGUAACCAGAGUUACCACACCGGCUCAAAGGACCAAGGUCCCUCCAGUCCACCACUCCUCCGCCACCACCCAAACCACCCACCGCCCUCGAGUGUCCAGAGCAUCUUCAGUAGUAGGUGACAAGCCCCCAACCUUCCUGCCAUCCACUACAACCUCAAAGAUCUCAGCUCUGGAGAGGCUACUCAAGCCCCGGACGGCCAGCUACAACCACCACACCAGGCUGCACAGGCAGAGAGCAUUGGACUAUGGCUCACGGUCUGGGAGGGAAGGCCAAGGAUUUUACAUUCUGAUCUCGACCAUCCUGGGCCUUUUCCUGCUGGCACUUCUGGGGCUGGUGGUGAAAAGCGCUGUUGAAAGGAGGAAAGCCCUCUCCAGGCGGGCCCGCCGACUGGCCGUGAUGAUGCGCGUCCUGGAGAGCUCCCAGAGGACCAGCGGGUCGCGGCGACCGCGCUCCCAAAACAACAUCUACAGCGCCUGCCCGCGGCGCGCUCGUGGGGCGGACGCUGCAGGCAAGGGGGAGGCCCCCGUUCCAGGUCCCGGAGCGCCGUUGCCCCACGCCCCGCUGCAGGUGUCUGAAUCUCCCUGGUUCCAUGUCCCAUCUCUGAAGACCAGCUGUGAAUAUGUGAGCCUCUACCACCAGCCUGCCACCCAGAUGGAGGACAGUAAUUCAAACGACUACAUCAAUGUUCCUGCCUGACAACUCCCCAGCUGUCCCCCGACCCCAGGCUCAGACUGUGGUGCCAAGGAGUCUCGUUUGUCUGCCAAUAUCCAAUACCUACUUCGUGUGUUCUUACAGCCCUCGUCACUUCCCAUGCCCCAUCUUGACUCCCAUCCCCAUCUAUCUGUGCCCUGAGCAUGGCUCUGCCCUCAGGUCCUCUCGCACAGCUUGGCAGCCUCCUGUAGUUGACAGGUAAGCUGUAGACAUGCAGAGCAAUUGUCCCAAUGCCACUUGCUUCCUUUCCAAUCUAACAGGCUGUGGGAUUUGCAGAGCAUUUCUUCCAUGUCUUUGACCACCAGGUUGUUGCUGCCCAGACUCUAGAUCACAUGGCAUCAGGCUGGGGCAGAGGCAUAUCUAUUGUCUCGGGCAUCCCUCCCAGGCUUGGGUCUUACACAAAUAGAAGGCUGUUGCUCUGAGUUAUGUGGACAUGCCUCAACCCCAUGGACUAGGCAGGUGUCUAGUAUAAAAACACUCCCGGAAACGCCUUUGCCCUGAUCCAGAAGUUAGCACUUCUAGUGAACGUCUACUUAUCUCAAGUUCUAUGCUAAAGGCAAUUUAUCUUGAUGCGAUGAUGUAUUCUAAAUUUCAGAACCAAGCUUGAGCGAGAUAUGCGUAUGUAUCCAUAAACUUUCUUUACUUUGUCUCCAUCACUUGAUGCACGUAAGUGCCCUGACCUCAGCAUCUCCCCUCAAAAAAACAGUAUUUGUCAUCUCUUUAUCUUUCUUCCAUAACCUGACACUGAUGUUUGUGCACCUACCUUAACUUUGGUCUAUUUUAGUCAUCCAAAACUAUUACAUUUGUUGGUUUUCACAAAUGUUGCCCAUUUCUUAGGCAGUUCCAGACAAUGUAUAGCAAGGUGGGGAAGGAAAGCAAUAAGAAAUUCCUGGGUGGCCAGGGCUCUGCAAUAGCACUUAUGUCAUGGAAGAAGAGAUAUUCCACCUCCUACAUAUACUAUUUGUCUAAGUUUUUGGAACAAGGUCAUAGUCAGACAUUAUAUCUUUAGAUUGAUGUCGACCACAAAGUUCAGCCAGAGCUUGAGGCUAGAUGCUGAGCUUUGUGCUGGGAAGAAGGCCUCUUCUGGCUAUACUGUACAGUCUCACUGGGCAUUAAUCCAGAAAUAGAGAAGAAGGGCUGCCAGACUUGAGUUGUGUUGUCUUUUAUAAGCAGGGAAUGUCAUCACAGAUUGGACGGUACAUCCAGGUGCAAUGUCACCAUCAGCAAGGUCAGCUUGACACUCAAGUGGCACAUUAGGGAAGAAUGACUAGGACCAAAAAAAAAAAAAAA